GAGCGCCACUGCGGGGCCACAAGCGGGGGCGCGGCGCGGAGGUGCCACCGGGCGCGGCGGCGGCAGCGAGGUGGAGCCCCUACCCCGAGCCGAGCGAACCUCAGUGGGGCCCGGGGCGCGGCGGCGGGGCUGUAGCGGAGGAUGAUGGCCGCGCCCGCCGGGGCCGGGGCGGUGAUUGCGGCCCCAGACCGCAGGCGCUGGUUGUGGCCGGUGCUGACGGCGGCUCUCGGGCUGUUGACCACUGGCGUGUCGGCCUUGGAGGUAUAUACGCCAAAAGAAAUCUUCGUGGCAAAUGGGACCCAAGGGAAGCUGACGUGCAAGUUCAAGUCUACUAACACCACCGGCACACUAACCACGGUCUCCUGGAGCUUCCAGCCAGAGGGGGCUGACACCACCGUGUCGUUUUUCCACUACUCCCAAGGGCAAGUGUACCCUGGGAAUUAUCCACCAUUUAAGGACAGGAUCAGCUGGGCGGGAGACCUCGACAAAAAAGAUGCAUCGAUCAACAUAGAAAAUAUGCAGUUUAUACAUAAUGGCACCUACAUCUGUGAUGUCAAAAACCCUCCGGACAUUGUCGCCCAGCCAGGACACAUUCGGCUCUAUGUUGUAGAGAAAGAGAUUUUGCCCGUGUUUCCAGUCUGGGUGGUGGUGGGUACAGUGACUGCCGUGGUCGUGGGUGUCAUCCUCCUCGUCACCAUGGUGCUGGCUGUCCUCUACAGAAGGAGAAACUCUAAACGGGAUUACACUGGCUGCAGCACAUCAGAGAGUGUGUCACCGGUUAAGCAGGCUCCACGGAAGUCCCCCUCCGACACAGAGGGUCUAGUAAAGAGCCUGCCUUCUGGAUCUCACCAGGGCCCAGUCAUAUAUGCACAAUUAGACCACUCCGGAGGACAUCACAGUGACAAGAUUAACAAGUCAGAGUCUGUGGUGUAUGCAGACAUCCGGAAAAACUGAGAGAAGACCCAAAGCCUAUCCCAAGCAAGAAACCAAUUCAAACUGGACUCUCGUGCAGAAUCGUAGCCCAUAACCACGUGUGGCCUUGGAGACCUGGGCACAAUGUUUAUUCCUGGAGGGAGAAAGAGAUGUGUAUAAAGGAUAUGUAUAAAUAUUCUAUUUAAUCUUUGGAUGUGAGAAGCCAGUGUUGCAUGAUGAAAAGGUGGUAUGAUUCUACAUAUAUGUAAAUUGUCUUGCUGUUUUUGUACUUGCGUUCAGGGUCACUUACAGUUGGGAAAAUUCAGCACCAUUCCUGUCCCCAUCGUUUAGACAUGGUUUGCCUUAAUGGAGACGGUAGCAGAUCUUUUAGUGUUUCAGCAGACAUGGCCUUUUUAUCUAAGGGCUUAACUAGUCUUAGCAUUUAUUGUAGCUGGAGAACGGAGGAGAUUCUAUGAUGGGAGUGUAUCCACCCUGUCAGCACCGCCUGUUUGGUGGCAGUUUUCAGAAAACAUCCAUUAGCUCUGCCCCAUGGAGACCACGUGAGAAGUUUUUGUUGAUGGUUUUCUCUCUAAAACACAGAGCAGUUUUUUGUUUUGUAUGUUGUGCAGAUGGACUUUAGCGCUCCACCCCGUAUCAUAUCGAUGUGUGGAUUCAUCGUAGCAAGGUUAGCACAGGUUCCAUGCCAGAGGUCCCUUCUUUCAAGGUACUUCUCGGUCAAUACCGUUUACAUGUAAUUGAAGUAGAAAACUCGGGCCUUGCUUGAGACUGUACCACGUGGAGAGGAAAAGGUGUCAGUCAUAUUCUUUGCCGAAAUCCUUCCCCGUCCAGCCAAAGGAGAGGGGCUCCGUUUCCUUCUAAGGAGGCAGGUGGGGGAUGAUUGGGCAGCCAGGGUGCAGCGCCUGAGAGCCCACGCGAAGCCUGCUGUCUGUGAAGCGUCCGCCGGGCUCCCAGCGGGAAGCAGCCUCAGCCUUGGCGUCAUGGAGCCUCAGGAGUCUGAGGUUGCAGACAGCCGGGCGGUUGAGUUCAGCAAGUAGGGCUCGGACUUCUACUGUGGGCGUCUCUUCUCCAUUCCUGUUUGGGUUGUUUUGGGUUUUUUCCCACCCCCCCCCCCCCAUUGAUGAAAUUGACUAACGGGAUGAGGAAAAAUCAAGACAAUUUGGCUAUCCUUCCGAAUCACUCAUUUUCUCCCGUUGACUCCUCAUACCCCAUCUCAGCCCCGUGAUGGACAUCAUUAAACACUUGUGCUUGUUAUUC